AUGAUUACCCGCCAAUUGAUUUUCAAAUGCUUUGACACCAUAAGUUCACUAGAUGGGCACCAACUGUUCGUUAAAAUUCCGCAACCAAACCUCGGCUCUCUCCACCACUCCAUGCUUAAUCUUUUGCACCAAAACCUUCCAUUUCAGGCUCUUGAUAUAUUCAAUACACGGAUUCAGGAAGUGGGUGUAACUCAUGUUGAUGAAGUUUCGACUGCUCUUGCUAUCAAGGCAUGUCGUGGAGACCCGAAACUUGGUUGUCAAAUUCAUGGGUUUGCAUUGACGUCUGGUCUUGAUUCAUUCUUAUCCGUCUCUAAUUCUUUGAUGCACAUGUACUCUAAAUCCGGGCAGCUUGAUCGUGCUUUGGUUAUUUUCGAGAAUUUGACUAACCCAGAUACUGUUUCUUGGAACACCUUGCUCUCUGGGUGUAAGAACAGUAAUGCUGCGCUGAGUUUUGCUUGUCGAAUGAAUAACAUAGGGGUUACGUUUGAUGCAGUGACUUAUACUACUGCAUUGGCACAUUGUGCUGACUCUGAAGAAUUUCUGUUUGGAAUUCAGUUGCACUCUCUUGUGCUGAAAACAGGAAUGCAGUGUGAAGGCUUUAUUGCAAAUGCACUUAUAACAUUAUACUCGAAAUGGGAAUGUAUAGUUGAAGCAGAAAGGGUGUUCGAUGAAAUGCCCAGCAAGGAUUUAGUCUCAUGGAAUGCUAUGCUUUCAGGUUAUAGUCAAGAAGGAAGUCAUGGAAUAGAAGCAACUUCAGCUUUUAUUGAUAUGAUUAGAUUAGGAAUGAAGCUUGAUCAUGUUUCAUUUACAAGUGCAAUUUCAGCUUGUGGGCAUGCUAGAAACUUGGAUCUCGGGAAACAGAUACAUAGUUUGGCCAUUAAAAGGGGAUAUGGAACACAUGAAUCGGUCUGCAACGUGUUGAUUUCUACGUAUUCAAAAUGUAACCAUAUCGAAGAUGCAAAAUUGGUUUUUGAGGGCAUGGCGCAUCGCAAUGUAGUAUCUUGGACUACCAUGCUUUCUAUAAGUGACGAGAAUGCUGUAUCUCUAUUCAAUGAAAUGAGAAAGGAUGGUGUUUCUCCAAAUGAGGUUACAUUUGUUGGCUUGAUUCAUGCCAUUUGUGCCAAUAAUCAGGUGAAAGAAGGGUCAACAGUUCACGGAUUAUGCAUAAAGUCUAGCUUUUUUUCAGAGCUAGUGGUUGCCAACAGCUUCAUUACCAUGUAUGCUAAGUUUGAGUCCAUGAAAGAUUCCAUCAAUGUCUUUGAAGAGAUGGUACACAGGGUGAUCAUUUCAUGGAAUGCCUUAAUUUCAGGGUUCACUCAGAACAAGAUGUUUCAAGAAGCUUUAAGGACAUUCUCUACCACAAUCAUGGAGUCAAAACCAAAUGAAUACACAUUCGGCAGUGUGUUGAGUGCAAUUGCAUCUUCUGAAUCUAUCUCAUUGAGGUAUGGACAAUGGUGCCAUUCGUAUCUUGCUAAACUCGGCUUAAACAAAGAUCCAAUUGUUUCUGGAGCUCUUCUUGAUAUGUAUGCAAAACGAGGAAGCAUUAACGAAUCUUGUAAAGUGUUUGCUGAGAUCAAGGAAAAGAACCAAGUGGCAUGGACCGCAAUCAUAUCCGCUCAUUCAAGACACGGAGAUUAUGAAUCUGUCAUGAGCUUGUAUCAAGAAAUGGAGAAUCAGUUUUUUGAACCUGACUCCAUAACUUUUCUUUCUGUAUUAACUGCAUGCGGAAGAAAGGGAAUGGUGGAAAAGGGCAGAGAGGUGUUCGAGUCAAUGGUCAAAGUCCAUGGAAUCGAGCCAUCCCCAGAACAUUAUUCUUGCAUAGUGGACAUGUAUGGCCGAGCAGGGCGGCUGAAGGAGGCAGAGGACUUUCUGAGCCAGAUCCCAGGUGGGGUUGGGCUGCCAGUGUUGCAAAGCUUGUUAGGAUCAUGUAAAGUCCAUGGAAACAUGGAGAUGGGAAAACGGGUUUCUGAUGCUUUGUUGAAGAUGGAGCCUAAAGAAUCAGGUUCGUAUGUGCUGAUGUCGAAUCUUUACGCAGAAAGAGGGGAUUGGGAUGAAGUUGCAAAGAUAAGGAAAGGGAUGAGGGAUAAGAAGGUGAAGAAAGUUGUGGGGUUCAGUUGGGUCGACGUUAAUAACGUCAAAGGGUCGGUACACGGGUUUUCUUCAGACGAUAUGUCUCAUCCACAGACCGAGGAGAUUUUUCGGAUGGCGCGGUUUCUCGGAACGGAAAUGAAGUCUGUAAAGAGGGAAGAUACUAUGGAGCAAGUUUAAGUUUUAGAGAUCAGCUUGACUUAUGAGUAUGAACAGAAAUUUCUACAGACAUUAUAG